CAUGUGUGCCAUCCCAGGUUUAUCCCAGGUAACAGAAGCACCCAGGGCAGAGCUUCGAGGAUUAUUCCUGCCAUGGGCUCUGUGGGAACUCCCUGCUCGCUCGGGGAUGCGGCGCUUCACCUGGGAGGAGAUCGGGCAGCGGAACGGGCGGGGGCCGGAGCCGCAGGAGCGCUGGCUGGUGAUCGACAGGAAGGUGUACGACAUCAGCCACUUCUACCGGAGACACCCGGGAGGGGCCCGGCUCCUCGUCAGCCACGCCGGGCAGGACGCCACGGAUGCCUUUGUGGCAUUCCAUGUCGACAAGGCGCUGGUGAGCAAGUACUUGAAGCCACUGCAGAUUGGGGAGCUGGCACCAGACCAACCCAGCACUGAGCCCACUAAAAAUGAAAUGCUGGUGAAAGAUUUCCGGGAAUUGCGCGCUACAGUCGAGAGAAUGGGACUCCUGGAGCCAAACCAACUCUUCUUCUUCCUGCUCCUGGCUCACAUCCUGCUCUUGGAUACAGCUGCCUGGCUCAUCCUCUUCUACUUUGGGACAUCCUUACUGCCCUUUGUUUUCUCCCUGCUGCUGCUGACCAUUUCGCAGGUCCAGGCUUCCUGGUUACAGCAUGAUUUAGGACACCUCUCAGUAUUCAGGAAAACCAAGUGGAACCACUUGCUACACAAGUUCGUGAUGUGCCAUUUGAUUGGGGCCUCAGCCAAGUGGUGGACUCUCCUGCACUCCCAGCACCACGCCAAACCCAACUGCUUCCACAAGGACCCUGACAUUGACAUGCACCCUUUCCUCUUCACUCUGGGGAAGAAAUUAUCUGUGGAGCUUGGGAUCAAAAAGAAAAAAUACAUGCCCUACAACCACCAACACAAAUACUUCUUCAUCACUCUUCCUCCGCUCCUGUUCCCCACCUACUUCCACUACCACACAUUCUACAUUGCCUACACAAAGAAAUACUGGGUGGACUUGGCAUGGAUGCUGACCUUCUACAUCAGAUUCUUUUAUAUUUAUGGAUCUUUAUUAGAAACAAAGAGUCUCCUGGCAUAUUAUUUUAUAUUCAGGAUGCUGGAGAGCAGCUGGUUUGUCUGGGUCUCACAGAUGAACCAUAUCCCAAUGGAUAUCGACUACGACAAGAAUUUGGACUGGAUGUCUACCCAGCUCCAGGCAACCUGCAACGUGGAGCAGUCGCUGUUCAAUGACUGGUUCACGGGGCACCUCAACUUCCAGAUUGAGCAUCACCUGUUCCCCUCCAUGCCACGGCACAACUACUGGAAGGUGGCUCCCCUGGUGAAGUCCCUGUGUGCCAAGCACGGCAUCGAGUACCAGUGCAAGCCUCUGCUCACAGCCUUUGCAGACAUCGUGCACUCCCUGAAGAGCUCAGGAGAGCUCUGGCACGAUGCCUACCUGCACACAUAAAGGACAAGGCUUGGUGCUACCAUUGACAGCCUGCCACAACUGCGUUCCCAGCAAGCUGAGGGUCAGGGACCACAAGGGACUCUCUGGCAGAAGAAAGUGAGUAAGGACUGAGGGAUAAAAUUCUAAUACAGAUGAAGCUGCCUGAAUUUUUCUUCUGUUUUUUUCCUGGGGUUAUGGUUCAGAUGUGUUAAGAGUAGGCAGGCCAAGCAGAAGGUGAAUUGUUAGGAGAGGGAGGAGCCCUUUGCUGACUGAGUCUGAGCAUUUCUGAGCCUGGGCAUGGGAUCAAGUCAGAUCUGUGGAGCUGCACAUACAUACAGAGGCCUCUGACCACGGUUUGGUUUUUUUGUUUGUUUUCCUCAUGUGGAAGGUUUAAUGCUUGAUACAGCAUUUGCUUACUUGAAACUACAAAGGAUUUUGGAUUAACACGGUGUUCCAGCAAUGUGCUUAAAUCACAAUAAAUUAGGAUAAACUACAAACAA